AUGAAAGAUGUUUAAGAAUAAUAAUAGAGAAUUCCUGAUGCUUAUAGAGUUUUUGUAUUAAUUUCCAUUACUAAUUUACUUGUGAGUCUUGAUCAUGGUAUAAUUCCUGCAGGUUUUUAUUUACUAUUUAAAAGGUUAAGCAAGUGUAUAGAUUCAAAGCGCACUGAAAUUAACAAAUUAAGAAUUAGGAGUAUUAGGAUCUUUAGUGUAUGCAGGUACUGUUGUAAUGGGAUUUGUGGCUUCCUUUAUAUUUUUGAAAUACAAUCCUCUAAGAGUUAUUGAAAUCAGUAUGAUUACUAUGAUUUUGAGUCUGUUUGUGUUUACUUUGCAAUUUGAUAUUGCAUGGCCUUAUUAUCUUAGUCGAUUCAUAACUGGUGCAGCCUAAGCUCCUUUGAUAGUAUAUUUUCCUGUUUGGGUGGAUACAUUUGGUUAAGAUAACAAAACAGUAUGGUUAACAAUUUUGUAAGGAGGAGUGCCUUUUGGAGUAUUUGUAGGAUAUGUAUUGGCUAGUGUGAUAGCAGCAUAAUGGAAUGUAAUAUAAUUGAGAAAUUAUAAAAGUGGCGAUGGGCAUUUUAUUUAUAAAUUGUUGUACUUGUACCAAGUAUUAUAUUGAUUUCUCGAUAACCUCAUUAGAAUAUAGAUGUUAGACCUUAUGUUAAGGAUAAUAAUAAUACAUAUGAAAAGAUGCCUUAUUUUGAAUUGGUCAAAUUAACAUUUAAGUCUAGAUCAUAUGUUGUAAUGACAAUAGUUUUGGGAAUGUUAUACUUUUCAGUAACAGGAAUAUAAUUUUGGAUAUCAAAUUAUUUAGUUACAGUUUUAUGCUUUAACUAAGGCCUUGUUAAUACACUAUUUAGUUUAGAUUCAAUUACAGGUCCAACUCUUGGAUGUGUAUUAGGUAAAUAGUUAAUUUAAUAUUAAUUAUAGGAGGAUUGAUAACAUAACAUUAUGGAGGAUAUGAUUCUAAGAAUGCUUACUAUAUAACUUGUAUAGCAGCUAUUUUUGGAUCCUUGUCUUCAAUUUGUGUUACACUCACUACUAAUUUAUGGGCUAUAACAGGAUUUAUUUGGUUGUUACUCUUUUUUGGAGGUGCUUUGGUGCCUAUAAUGACUGGUAAUAAAUAUAUAUAUAUAUAUCUUUUUAGGUAUUGUGUUAUCAUCAGUAAAUUAAGGAAUGCGAUCAUUUGCUAAUUCCAAUACAACUACUUAUGUAAAUUUAUUUGGGUAUUUACCUGCUCCUAUUGUUUAUGGCUAUUUAUCAUCAAUAUCACCUAAUUUAGGAUAUUAUUGUUUAAUGUAUUGUCCAAGUGUUGGUUGUUUGAUGAUUCUAUGGACAACAUAUCAUGAAAGAAGAAAAGAUUGUUUUGUUGGAGAUAAAUCUAUGGAUUCAAUGGAAAUGCAUCCACCUUCAGCUAGAAGUACUUCUGUUAUGUAAAUUAUUUAAAAUUUUCAUAAUUAAUCAGAUGGUAAUUAUAAUAAAAUUAUAUCAAGAUUUCGUUAAGGAAGUAUUAGAGUUUCAUUCAACACCAAUUAAUAAUAUUACUACAACUCUUUAUUACGAAAAGUAAUUGUGA